AUGUAUACAACCGAAGGUCAUUAUCUAUGAAUUCUGUAUGUAGGUGUAUAGGUUCUCCAAGGACAAGAUAAUUGUUCUAACACGAUAGUAGUUUCAAUGCCUUAAUGAAAUCAUGACACUGAUUUAUGGACUUACUCUCAUUGUUUGUGUUUCAGUAAUUUAUGCUGCAAGUGUAUGUGAAGAUCACAGCACACAAGCAUGUCAAAGACUAGCUGCCAUUAAACCAGACAUGUGUCAGGACAACUGUACAUCUAGUCUAUGUCCCAGAACAUGUGGCCGCUGUCCUCUGAAAUGUUUCUCGUGUGAAAAUGUCGACCAUCCAUCAGAGUGUAACCAAACAAUCCAAUGUGGUAGUAUGGCUAUGGCAUGUAUCGCGACACAAACAGUAACAACACAGCUCCAGAAAAAGUACCAACUAAACUGUGUAGAUAAUAAAAUAUGCACAGACCUUUAUGGCGUUGUUCCGAACCGUACUGUUCCGAAUGUCAGGCGGGAAGUUGAUUUGUUUGGAGGUUGCUGUGCGACAGACCUCUGCAACAAGUAUGAUGAACCUGAUAAAAUACCGGCGCCUACUGCGCAUGCACAUCAUGUUCACACUAACGGUAAUAUUCAUCUCAGCACACAUUGUCAUGUAAUAGACACAGUCGUCUGCCAAUAUUUAGCCACAAACAGUGGUUGUCAUCUGCCAUGCGUGUCGACCUUGUGUCCCACAACCUGUGGAAUGUGUUCACUUACGUGUUAUGAAUGUUCGGCAACUAAUAACCCAGGGAAUUGUUCCAGCAGAGUCCAUUGCAAUAGUGAUAAGGAAGUGUGCAUUGCUAUAGAAACCCAUCAAUUUGAUUUUCACGGAGGAUACAAGCUUGGUUGUGCACCAAAAGAGACAUGCAAUAAUUUACUGACGCGGGAUAUAGAUGGGAUAUGUUGUGACACUAACUUUUGCAAUGGAAACUAUGUACCAUCAACAACUGUGAUUCCUUCUACCUCAACUGUAUAUGACAACAAUCUCGGGAUGCCUACAGGUUGUUAUCCAGAUCUUAUAAAUGGCUGCCCUGUUGGAUUUUCUAGAGAACGAAACAGUUGCUAUAGUAUUGGACGAAAAUGGAAAACUAUGACAGACGCCAGAACGGAAUGUUUGAGAAAUUGCAGCAGACUUGCAAUUAUAAGCAGCGAAAGGGAAAACGAAGACAUUACACAUUUUUUACAACGUGUUUCACACCAUGCAAAUGCUUUCCAUGGAGUGAAUGAAGAUUAUCACUAUUGGAUUGAAGCUUAUAGAAAUCACGGUGGUAACAGCCCAUGGCAUUGGCCCAGUAUUGGUUCUAGUUUGACCUACUCUCAUUGGAGAAACGGAUCGCACCCUCACCAAAGUCAUUAUUUGGAACGUUGUGCCAGCAUAGGUAAAGGGGAAUGGAAUCAUCAUUCUCCUCAUGGAUAUUACUGGGAUCAUCAUAGCUGUAAUGCAAAAUUUGCUGCACUAUGUGAAUUUCCCCUAGGGAAUGAUCCUUAACUUUCCUUUAAUAAAACUUCCAACAAGGUUGCCUAUUUAACAUUUUGAUUCG